AUGUCUGAUGUGACGUUAAAUCAGCCAUCGUUUGUUACUGGUUUUAUUGAUAUUUAUCGACAGUUACCAAGUUUAUGGAAUAUUAAGUCAAAACAGUAUUCAAAUCGAAAAGAAAAGGCAAAGGCGUAUGAGAAACUUAUAAGUUAUUGCAAAACCGUAGACAAAAAUGCUUCGAUGGAUAUGGUAAAAAAGAAAAUUAAUAAUAUUAGAAGUGCCUUUCGAAAGGAGCACAAAAAAGUUCUAAAAUCAAAAAGAAGUGGAUCAUCUACAGAAGAGCUGUAUGAGCCAACUCUUUGGUAUUAUAAAUUACUGCUUUUUACGGCUUCGCAGGAAGAACCUAGGAUGUCAGUUUCAAAUGAUGAUGAGUCGGAGUCGGAGGGUGACGAUGCCAAUAAUGAGGAAGAUGUCACCCAGCAUGAUACUCAAUUUUCACCGCUUACUGAAGAUGCGUUGCAAGCACCGUCUGAAAUAUAUCAGCUAUCACCACCACAAACACCGCAUCAGUCAUCAACCUAUUCACGUCCAUCAACUUCCAGAUCUUCUAAUAGUGCAAAAAGAAAGAAGUAUGGACAGGAAGAAAGUAUCCAAAGGAUUUGCGCUAAGUUGGACAGAGAAAAUGAUGAAUGUGACAGUAUUGGAGAAAUGUGGCCCAUAAACUGCGCCGAAUGGACAGCGACCAGAAAAUGUAUGCUGAAUUAUUACUUCACCGUCUUCUCUUCCUUGGUGUUCAAAAGAAAUUAUGCGAGGAAUCUCAUAUAUGUAUAA